CAUUAAACUUUUUUUCCCGUGCUCACUGCCUGAAAUUAACCUGCAUUCAGCGAACAAAACCCAAAACCCUAGGAAAAGCUCCUGCUGUAACUCAUGGAGAAAACGGAAACCCUAGAAAAAUCUCCAUUGGCUUAAAUUACAGAGAAUAUCCCGUUAUGGAUGGCGCUGUUCCAUUAUCAGGAGGAGAUGGAGGAGCAAUAGAGGCUUUGAAAGAAUCUGUUCCAUUUUCAGGAGGAGAUGGAGGAGCAAUAGAUGCUUUGGAAGAAGCUAUCUCCAGUAAUGUCGAAGCAGAAGCUCAGGUCUCGAGUAAACCCAACGAGCUUCUAAGUCCGGAGGAAUUGGUUGCUAAAUCUGUGGCUCCUGUGAAGAAGGAGUACAUUCUUCCUGCUCCUCUUUCAAGGCCAUGUUCCAACGUGAAAGCUUCCGAAAAGCUCUGCAACUCUGGCUUGUUGCUUACAGAGAAGAAGUCAAAGAGGCAGCUCAAGCGAGAGAGACGGGAGAAACAGAAAUCAGUACUGCAUGUUUGUCCUGAAGUUGCAAGGGUUGGAAAUAUUAAAGCAUGCUCCUAUGGUGGCAAUUGCCGUUUCAGCCACGACUUGGAUGCAUUUCUAGCUCAGAAGCCAGAAGACCUUCCAGGAACAUGCCCGUUUAUGUGUGUUGAGGAGCCAUGCCCUUAUGGGAUGGCAUGUAGGUUUUCUGGUACACAUAAACAUGGCAUUUCAGCUAAAAAAAAGGCAGAUCGAAACAAACUCUCUGAAAUGAAUGGACUGAGUAAAGAAUUGCAAAAGCUCCUUUGGAAGAAGAAUAAAGAGAAUUUCACUAGAGCGGAUGCUCAGCUCAAAAAUCUUGGGUUUAUGAUAAAGGGAAAUGCGAAGGUAAGAAAAACAGAUGAAAAUGGAGCUGAAGACCAAGAGGACAUGGCGAAUAGAUCAAAUGACCAGGAAAAGCAGGAUAAUUGUGCAAUAAUGCGUCCGUCUUGUAAUGACAUUAGCUGCUUCUCAAGCCCACAAAUGGAGGAUGAUGCCAUCAAAACUGAGGAUACUCAACCUUUGAAGAAGUCAAAAAUUCCCAUUGAUGACACUCCCUGCUCUGGACAAAUGCAUAAUGCAGAUCAUAUGUUACCAGAAACAAAUGAAGAACAGACCAUCACCAAAUCUGAAAAUGAAAACGUCUUGAGGAGUGAGGAUUCCCGUGUGCUAGAGGUCGAUGCAGAUCUGAAAGUAAAUGCUCGGGAAAAGAAACUUAUUGAUUUUAAAGGGAAGUUGUAUCUCGCGCCGCUCACCACUGCUGGAUAUCUUCCUUUCAGAAGGGUUUGCAAGAACUUGGGAGCAGAUAUCACAUGUGGCGAAAUGGCUAUGUGUACCAAUCUUUUACAGGGACAAGCCUCAGAAUGGGCUUUGUUGAGACGCCACUCAUCUGAAGAUCUCUUUGGUGUACAACUUUGUGGAGCAUAUCCAGAUACUGGAGCACGCACCAUUGAGCUUGUUGAUCGGGAAUGCACAGUUGAUUUUAUUGACAUUAAUAUGGGAUGCCCAAUUGACAUUGUUGUCAACAAGGGUGCAGGGUCUUCUCUUCUCACUAAGCCCAUGAAGAUGAAAAAUAUUAUUGAAGCCGCUUCUGGCACUGUCGACAAAACCAUUACUGUUAAGGUGCGUACGGGUUAUUUGGAAGGGAGAAACCGCAUUGAUUCCCUAAUUGCAGAUAUUGGGAAAUGGGGAGCCAAUGCAUUAACAAUACAUGGGCGAUCAAGGCAACAGCGGUAUAGCAAGCUUGCUGAUUGGGCUUAUAUAUACCAGUGUGCAAGGAAGGCUCAGGAUGGUUUGCAAGUACUGGGAAAUGGAGAUAUAUUAUCCUACACUGACUGGAAUGCGCACCUGCUCGACUGCCCUGAACUUUCUACUGCCAUGAUUGCUCGAGGAGCACUAAUUAAGGUCCUCUUUAGUUCUUUAUAUAUUGAGCCUCUUGUAUUCUCUUUGGUUUUCUUUAUUGUUAUUAUAUAUAGGAAGAUGCUAUCGUUUUCUGCAGGUGUGGAAACAACCCGUCAUUUCUUGUUGGAAUGGCUUAGUUACACAUACCGAUACAUACCUGUCGGGCUCUUGGAUAUCAUGCCUCAACGACUAAAUUGGCGGCCCCCGAGCUUUUUUGGUCGAGACAACCUCGAAACCCUAAUGGCCUCUGAUUCUGCUGCUGACUGGAUUCGGAUAUCCGAGAUGUUGCUUGGCCCUGUACCUGCUGGCUUUACAUUUACCCCAAAGCAUAAAUCAAAUGCCUAUGACCGAGCUGAAAAUGGGUGAGCUUUGAAGCUUGGUUGUUGAACUCAACCAUCAGUUGCUGUGUGUUCCUCAGAUGAUGCACGGUGCGCAUGCAGGGGGCAAGAUUGUGGCCUCACCAAAACAAAUUCCAUUAAUUGUUGUGUUCCAAACUGUUGCAGAAUCUCAAUUCUUCUGAUACGACCUUCGAGAACAAGCCCUACUUGGAGGAAUAGAAAACUUUAUCAGCACCAAGACUGUUGGCUGGCCAAGAGCUAUAAUUUCUAAUCCGAUUUACUUUUGUGGAAGUUAAAUUAUGUUAAGCUUGUGAUUCAAUAAAUUGUAUCUUACACUAUUGCAAAUAUACAUUUAUGGAAACGUGGAUUGAGGAGCUUAUUC